UAUGGCGAUCGCAAUUUUCCGUAAUAUCACUGUGGAGCCAGUGCUUUUUCUUUACAUGCUCUGCGUUUUUAUGUCGUUCCCCCUUGUGCAGCAGCUCGCUUUCCAGAAGAUCUGCAAUGCAGAAUAUGACGCCGAAUCUUGCAAGAAUCUCACCACCUCACAGGAAAAUUUUGUACACAAGAAGACCUCCAAAUGGAUUUUGUAUCAGUCUGUGUCUUCGAUGCUUCCUUCCAUAGCAGCUUCGCUGAUCCUCGGUUCCUGGUCAGAUAAAGUCGGUCGUAAGACUGUGCUCAUUCUACCAUCUGUUGGGAGUGUUCUGCUCUACAUCAACUAUAUGCUGAAUGUGGGUUUUUUCUCACUGAAUGUCGACUACCUACUAAUUGGGGUAUGCAUCUCAGGUUUCUUCGGCGGAUUCGCCACAACACUUCUCGGUGUCUUCUCGUACAUAUCUGAUAUAACUGAUGAAUCCCAGCGUACGACGAGAGUAGCCCUGUUGGAAUCCAUGAUAUUCUUGGGUGGUACUGUUGGUAACCUUAUUGGUGGAGUACUUGUAUAUCAUAGUGGCUACAUGGCGGCCUUUGGUCUGUGCUUAGGCCUGAAUGUUCUGAUAAUAGCAUACGUCGGUCUUAUUCUUCCUGAGUCUUACUUUCCUGAUUCAAAUCAGCAAGAAAACUGGGCUUUGGUAGCGAUACACAAUCACAUCAAGACAUCAUUCCAUGUCUUAACUAAGGAGCGACCUCAACACCGAAGACUAAAUUUGCUGGUUAUCAUGUUUGGAAUAUUGGUUUUUGUACUAAUAAAUUUUGGUGGUUUCAAUGAUAUCUCAGUCCUGUACAGCAAGCACAGUCCAAGAAACUUCACUUCUGAACUGGUUGGUUACUUCUUUGCUGAGGUUUUGUUUAUCAAAGGUCUUGGUGUUAUGUUAGGGAUACCACUGAUGACAAAGAUUCUCAAAUGGUCAGAUCUUACCAUUGCUAUUGUUGGUUCUCUAAUAUCCAUUGGACAAUAUGUAUUCCUUGGAUUUGCCUCCAGCAGAUGGAUGAUGUUUGUUGGUGGAUUGAUUGCCAUUGGGGCUGGCGUCACACCACCAUGCAUGAGGUCAAUGAUAUCAAAACAAGUUGACUCUUCAGAGCAAGGUACAACAUUUGCUCUCGUUGCAUCUCUUGAAGUGUUGGAGACACUCCUUGCAUCAUUAAUUUUUAACAGUAUUUACAGUGCCACAGUGGACUGGCUACCAGGAUUUUGUUAUUUUUUGAUGUCUGGAAUGACUGUUAUUCCCAUACUCUUGCUUAUAUGGUUGUAUGUUUUGGAGAGACAAAGCAAUCCUUAUGUAGUGAUGUCUUCUUCUCCAGAUGUGGAUGGCUCCUUAAAUAAUGAGGAGGCUUUUGCAAAGUCUUCUGGACAGUUGGAGUAUGGAUCAAGUAAGGAUGUGAAAGAUGUACUGUAGAGCCACAUUUGAGUGAGAUGAACAUUGAUUUUGUCCUCAAAUACAAAACGAAAAAAGGCUUUUGAAACAGUUUGUCAUGUGACCAUUAAUUGUUGAACAUGUUGCUGGAAUUGUGUCAAUGCAAGAACUGUAAAGAUCAUAUUUCAUUUUUCCAGAAUGGUAUUUUACCUACAAAUGCUAUGGCAUGUCAAAAUUUUGUAAGACCAGUUGAAAUCUUAAGUAGUUAGUAGUUCAAUCUAGAUGUACUUGCCUUCCAGAAAAAUUCGCCUGAAUUUCAAAGUGCUACAAAAAUGAUUCAGACUCAUAACUCUAAGGGGUAUAAUAAAACAGAAUAAACAAUUAACUACUACUCAGAGAAGUGGAAGUGAAUAGUGGUGAACAUUUACUUAGCUGCUUCGUGGCAAGGUAAAUGUCCACCACUUUAACCGACACUGAGGUGAUUAAUUGUUUUAGUAUAUACCACACAGAAACCAAAAAAUUAGUUUAUUCCUGUCAAUAUACCAAUAAAUGGAAAUUUUUGAAGAACAAUUUUAUCUCUUUAGCUGCAUGGAGUUGAGUACUGCUGGCUAAUCACUUCUGAACAAGCCCAUAAGUGCACAAAAAGCAUUCUUCACCUGUGUGGUACAUACUAGAAAUAACAGGCAUGUACUUUUUCCUAUAAUAUCCAUACAUCGUUGAGGUAGAAGUUGUUGUCUUAAUCUAACACCAAAUUCUCAGAACUCUUUCACAAGUAAUCGAGUUGCAGCUAGAAGGGAGAAUAAAUAAUCGGAUCAUGGGAGUUAAAGAGUUACUGAAGUUGCAUUUUACUAAUUUUCGGGUAACCUUAUUUACUGAAAAUGAGGAUAAAUAAUUAAAUCAAUUAUCAAAAAUAUUUAUAGUGAGCAGAUAUUUUUAAGAGCUCUUUCCAUGACACCAGUAUAAAAGAAUAUUAAAUUGUAAACUGUCUCAUAAUGAUGCAGCAUAUGAAUGAUUCAUUCUUAUUUUCUUUAUUAAUAAUUGUUAUCAAAUUAUGAAAUUAAAGUCAAGAAUGGGGACUUUUGAUUUAUUGCCAGUCAAAGAGUUAAGCAUAUAUUGAUAAUUUAGCAACUAUUAAGUAAUGAGGUUCAAUUUCUGUUACAAUGUACUUUGUUACAUCACUUCCUUUUGGUGAUACUUAAUCACAUGCAAAUAAUAGUCUUGUUUGUUGAAAAGAACUACUUUAUUAGUGAUGUCUUUGUUCAAUUCAAAGUGUAAUGCUUGCAAUAA